UAUCGAUUGGGAGUUGAUUGAUAGUCACUCUGAUCAUGAGGUGACGACCUUCAUUUUCCGUUUCACCUGGCUUCAACUAGACAUGUCAGAUGCCUCCCCUGUACUGUCUUUGGAAUAGAGCACCCAAUUAUCCCGGUGCAUCCACUAAACAAUCGAUUCUUUCGUAUCGAUGGUAAGUGACACUGGGAGUUAGCCCCACGCGUUCAAUCUUGUUGCAUUUCGCACGCGGACCAAAAAUAUGACUAUUCCAAUGAGUAUGGUCCAACCGACCUUCCAUCAUCGCACCGUUUGGAAAACACAGAUGAGUUUGAAGUGUCUCUUUAUCUCCACACUAGUAACGGUCGACCGAGAUAUUGAAGACCAUUUUUUUCUUUCACUCUCAAAUCACCUAACCCAACCUAACUCACACCAACAACGACAGAGCCCAGAACUAAUUUCAAUAGGAAUUCGGAUCAACCAUGCUCUUCAUUCAACAAAAAUCUAUUGUUCUACUCACAGUCAUUGUUGCUCUGUUGGCAUUAAUUGGCAACCCGGAAUCCAGACUAGUCCGUGCAGAGGUGAACGACAAGGAGGACAAAGACGACAAGAAGGACGACGACGACGAAUACGAGGGACCCGUCCCGAUCGUUCUUCCCGAGUCCCCGCCGCAACUUGUGAUUUCUAAUCUUCCCGAUCUUUCUUCCACGGCCAACACUACGUUCGAGGUCGAAGCGGAAGAAGGCCCGGGACCACUGCUUCCGGCAGAAGGCAACGAGGGCAACGGCACCGUUUGGCAGGGGGACGACGCCCUGCUGCUCGAGGAGAACUGCGCGUGUCUCGGCACGAACGGCACGGUGGCGGUUUGCAGCGAUCCCCGGGACGAGGACUUUUGCACCUGCGACGAGAUGGGCGACUUGUUUUGCGGGGAAGAAGGACACGCAUUCGGCGGCGCCAACCAGUCGUCCCCGGUCUUUCUGCCCGCGGUAGCGGACGGUGCCAAACCCCCGGCACCCCCGGCCUCCUCCGGUGCCACCCGGACGAAGCAAGCCAGCGGAGGCGUUGCCACUGCCGUCUCUUUGGCGCUCUCGGUCGCGGGAGCCAUUGCCGCUCUCGACUAGAUCGGUGGGUUGGAGGCCGGGGCGAUUGUGCUGUUGGUAGAGCAGCCCAGUGCCUCGCUCUGUAGCGAAUGGGAGGAAAUGCGGGGGAACACGACACAGACCAUCCAUCGGCACACACAUGGCAAUCGCCGUGCUCCUUGUUUCUGCCGGGACACGUGUUGUUGUCCUGUGUUGUUGUCCUGUGCUGUUGUUUUUGCGGUGCAGUGCGGUGCGGUGAGUGGAUUCGGUUUCUUUGUCUUCGUUUUGACGAAGCUUGUGUGCGUAGCACAAUUUAUUUGCGAGCUGAUAUGUACGCGGAGCUCUCUUCUCCCGUCUCAGCCAAGGAAGCCAUUGCUGUAAUAUGAAUAAAGGUUUUGGAACACGAUCAAACACCAAAUAAAUUAAACGCUGGAUAUGGAUAUGGUACAACAUGGAUAACAGUAGUUCCCGGUCGAAAUCGACACAAAGACUAUUUAAAAGCUGCAUUGUAUUUUCCACUUCUAGACACAAGCGCGGGAUCAGUGAAAACUGCGUCGAGUUGAUAGUUGAUUCGAGACGAUUCGAUUCGGGUUCACUAUCUCGAAGAAGGAAGAAAAAGAAGAGAAACCCGGGGAACAACGAAUUGGAAACAAGAACACGAGCCCAUCGUGUUUUAGUUUGUUUCGCUGGGCCCUUUUGCCCGUCCAAAAGCCCAUUCUCUCCUGCCGGUCUCGGGGUCCCCGCGAGUUGGCACCGCCCUAGGCCAUCGUCGGGGAGUCCUCAGUCUUGCUUUCCCUUUCCAAAAUCUAGGCGAAAGUUCGCAUUCCCGAUCUUGAGGUCCACGUGUUCCGGCGCUUUGUAGACGUUGUUGCCCACCUUGUUGUCGGAGACCCCCUCCACGGCGGCCCCGGGUCCGUUGCUUUCGCUGAGGCUCCUCGCUCCCCAGUAGUACCACCGGUGGUUGCACCCCAGCCAGACGCACUCCAGAUCGGCCGUCGGCAUGGUCACCCUGGCCAGCAGGGCCGCCCCGGCGAGGCUCGCAAUGGUGACCUCGUACCCCGGAAGGGUGACGAGCUCGCUGGUGAGGGUGGCCUUGGUGUCCGCCCAGAGCUGCUGCAGAAAGCCGGUCUUCUGUCCGGGAUUGUCCGGGUGGUCCGGAGGCAACGAGUCCCCCCUCAGGACCGACCGCAGCUGCUGCUUGGCGUCGAAGGACGAGGCGGGCGGACACGUCUGGAUGCCGUACAGAAAGGCGAGGGGAAGGAGGGCCAGGUAGACCGUGAUGGACGCCGCGAGCGCCUUGAGGAAGAGGACCGCUCCGGCAAGGGCGGAAAGCGCAAGCAUCGCGUCUCUGAAGAGCUGUUCUUGCUCCUCCUUGGUCAUCGGUCUCGCGCCGGUAGUUUCUGCGGUUCCUGGAUUGUUGGAGGACAUUGUGUUGUUGUUGUUGUUGUUGUUGUUGUUGGUGUUGGCGGUGGUGCUGGUGCUGGUGCUGCUGUUGUUGGUUGCUGUUGUUCAAUGUUUUGCAACGGCAGGGUGGUUUUCCUCUGCGGCAGCUGUGAAUCGUACCGAAGUUAUGAAUAUGCCUUGAAGGCAUCUCUUUCUUCGCAAGAAUACCGCUCUGUAGAAUAACGCGUACGUUUACGG